AUGAGCGCCGCGCUGGAUUCGGAAAAAGGGUCCCACGUGGCCGCCAAGGACGCCAUGGUAGCCUCGACCACUUCUGGACAAGACUCGCCGCCACGGCGUCCGUCAAAGGGGGCCGAGUCUCGGCGUAGCCACCGGAGCCGGGCCUCGUCCCACUCGUCCACUGACACCGACCCGCUGGACCCCCUCGAGCACGCCUUGACGGUCGACCUAGAGACGGAGGCUGAGCACGCCGCCAGAGAGCCCAUCACCUACACGCGCACCGGCACGAGUGUCGGCAGCACCGCGUCGCGACCCCCGGAUUUCGAAGUCGUCUUUGAGCCGGACGACCCCGAGAACCCCAAGAACUGGCCGUUGUGGUACCGCGCCUGGACCAUCUUUGUCGUGUCUCUGUCUACCUGGGUCGUCGUGCUGUAUAGUACAAGCUAUACUGCCUCCAUCCCGGGUCUCGUUGAAGAGUUUCAUUCGACGCAGGUCAUCGCAACGCUUGGUGUUACCACAUACCUCCUCGGCCUUGCAGUUGGUAGUCUGCUCGUGGCGCCGAUGAGUGAGCUGUACGGCCGGCAAUAUGUUUACAUUGGCUGCUUCAUCAUCUCAUCACUCCUGAUUAUUCCUUGUGGUCUUGCCAAGUCCCUGACUACCCUAAUCGUUGUUCGUUUCUUCGGCGCACUGUUUGGAGCCGCUUUGAUUGCCAACAGCCCAGGAACUAUAGUCGACAUAUCUAACGAGGAAUACCGCGCACUCGCCAUGUCCUUCUACAGUAUCGCACCGCUGAACGGGCCCGUGACGGGACCUCUUAUCGGUGGCUUCGUUUUCCAGUAUAUGGGCUGGAGAUGGACCAACUGGAUCGUCCUCAUUAUUGCUGGCGUCGGUAUCUGCCUAAUGCUCACCAUCCGCGAGACGUACGCACCCACCAUUCUCCAGCGCAAGGCAGCAAGAAUGCGCAAGGAGAUGGACGACCCGCGCUGGUGGUGCCGUUACGACGAAAAGGUCUCCAAAUUCCAUCUCAUCAAGCUGAACCUGAGCCGACCCUUCAUACUGAGCUUCACGGAACCCAUCCUGUGGUUCUUCAACCUCUGGAUCUCCCUCAUCUACGGCAUCCUCUAUCUUUGCUUCGUCGCGUACCCGAUUGUCUUCUCUCAGUACCGCGGCUGGGGACCUGGCGUCUCCGGACUUGCCUUCAUCGGUAUAGGCAUCGGCACCAUCCUGGCUAUCUGUUGCGAGCCCCUCUUCCGCCGCAUCAUCAACGCUCACCCCAAGGACCCUGUGACUGGCCGUGUCCCGCCCGAGGCCACAGCCCGCGUCAUGACUAUCGGCGCCGUCCUCACCCCCAUCGGCCAGCUGGUCUUCUCCUGGACAUGCCUGCCGGCGACCAUCCACUGGGCGAUCCCCAUCGCUUUCGGCAUUCCCUUUGGCGCCGGCAACACGAUAUCCUUCAUCUAUGGCUCCAACUACCUCGCAGGAGCAUACGGCAUCUACGCGGCCUCCGCUUUGGCAGGAAACGCUGUCAUGCGAUCCAUGUUCGGAGGCACCUUACCCCUUGCGGGGCCCGCCAUGUACAAAGCCCUUACGCCCCAGUGGGCCGGCACGCUGUGCGGGCUGCUCGAACUCGCUCUCAUUCCCAUCCCUCUCAUCUUCUGGAGAUACGGUGAGAGGAUUCGUGCUAAGAGCCCUGUCAUCCGGCAGAUGAGGGAAGACCAGGAGAAGAACGAGAGCAAGCGUGCCAAGCACCAGGCGCGUAUGGCAAGGAAGCAGGACAAAGAGGCCGCUGCCGCUGCCGAUGCUGGUACCGGUGAAAAGUCGACUGGUGUGCUGGCGAGUUCUGAGCAGGCCGAGCCAAGAGACCCUGAGAAGAGUGUGUGA